UCAGUCGGCUGAGAAACAUUAUAACCUUCGAAGAUCUCUCGACUCUCUCUCUGUCUGUCUCUCCCCAAGUUCAAAUCUUUUCUUUUAGUAUCUUACGGUACUUCUUCAAGUUUACGACUUUAUUUAUUCUGUAAAUUAAUCCGACUCGUAGACGAUCGGAGCAAACCCAUUGUGAAUUUGGAACGAAGAUACUGAGUGACUCAUCACUAGGAAGAAAGGAGAGGCCUUUGGGGUUUUUAUAUGGCGGAGUCGGGUCGGGCCGUCCAAUUGGUUUACGUCGAUGAGAAUGGGAAGUUGAAGACGGACCCAGAAGCCAUCGGCGCUCUUCAGAAGCUUAAGGGUCCUGUCGCUGUUGUUUCUCUCUUUGGUAAAGCUCUCCAGGGCAAGAGUUUCAUCUGGAAUCAGCUUCUUAGCAGGAGCAUUGGAUUUGAAGUUCAAACUCUUCACAGGCCAUGCGCCGGAGAUAUAUGGAUGUGGAUUGAGCCGGUGAAGAGGAUUUCUGAAGAUGGCACCGAAUAUAAUCUAGUGUUACUCGAUGUUGAAGAGGAAGGGUCAAAGGGUAUACAGGCUACACGCAACAGCCAGAUAUUUUCCUUGGCGAUCCUCCUAUCAAGCGUGUUUAUCUAUGGUCCGACACUUGGUGUAAAUGACAUUGCACUUGAUCUCUCUUGUCUACUUGAGAUUAGUAAUCACGACCAUGUUGGAGAAGCGAAGGGCAAUACAUUUUCCGUGCUUGGGCAGUUCUCUCCCAUCUUUGUUCAACUUAUGACGGAUAUUAACUCAGAAGCAGUGGAAAGUGGAGAAGAUGUAACGAAGAAUAACAAAUGUGAAAAUCUCCGGCCCCAGUUUCUCUAUGGAAUCAAAUCCCUUCUGAAGUUUGUUUCUGAGAGAGUAAGGCCUAAGCAGAGAAGUGGUACCAUCGUCACAGGGCCGCCUCUUGCUAGUUUUACAAAGUCUUUCUCAGAAAAUGUUAACAACAAUGUCGUGCCUAGAAUUUCUUCUUUAUGGCAGUCUGUAGAGGAACUAGAAGGUCGCAAGGCCCGUGAUACAGCAACUGAGGUAUACAUGUCGUCUUUGAAGUGUUCAGAGACUCCUGACGAAUCAAUGCUGCUAGAAGCACACAAUAAGGCGGUUAUCAAAGCUUUGACCGCGUUUUGUGAAUCUUCCAUUGGAAACACCGAAGUAAAACAGAAAUACAAACGAGAACUUUGGAGUUUCUUUGCAAAGGCGCUUGAGGAUCACAAGCGAGUGGCAAAUAUAGAGGCUUAUUCGAGAUGUUGUAGUGCUAUAGAAGAUAUGGGCAAGAAACUAUGGGCAUUGCCUUGUUCACAUGAUGCUAAUAUAGGCGAUAUGAUAAAGGCCCUUGACAGCGCUGUUGCUGAGUAUGAAGAAUCUAUCAAUGGUCCUAUGAAGUGGCAGAAGCUGUCGUCCUUUUUGAGAAAGAGUAUACAGGACAUUCUCGUUCAUCGCAGAGGGAAUCAAAUGGAUGAACUUCUUUCUGAGAACUCCAAACUCAAGUUGCAGCAUCAUUCGAUGGAAAAUGCAAUAGAUUUGCUCAAGAAACAGCUUGAAGGAGGAGAGAAAAUGAAAAAGGAAUAUCAGAAAAGUUACGAGGGCGCCAUUGAUGACAUGAAUAAGCUCUCAGAUCAAUUCAAACAUCGGAUUCAUGACCUGGAAAGUAAGUGUAAGUCAAUACACAAUGACCACUCAAACCUCAUGGAGGUCCUGGGGUCCGCAAGACUUGAGGCUUCUGAGUGGAAACGUAAGUAUGAGGAGACUUUGGAUGAGAAUAGCGUGAGCAACAAUCAAUUAGGGGUAGAUGCGUCAAUCACUAGGUGCAGUAAUAAGUCAAUUGAUUGGAAAAUUAAAUACGAGAAUACUGUUAGUGAGCAAAAAGCUGCUUUGGAGAAAAUAGCAGCAAUGGAGGAGAGGUUGAAGAAAACUUCUGCCACGGAAGAUGGCAUUAAAGAUGAAUUCUCCCUUGUUUUGGGGGAAAAGGAGAAGGUAAUCACUGAGAAAGCUGCUAAGAUUGUGACUUUGGAGCAGCAAUUAGCCUCUAUGCGUUCAGAAUUAAAGAAAAGUAAACUGAAGGUGGACGAAUGUUCUUCAGAAGCAAAAGACUUGAGGGUUCAAAUUUCGGCUCUGAAUGCGAAGUAUGAAUCUGUGAAAUCCGCAGCUGAAUUGCUUGAAGCUGAGACACAGAUGUUAAAGCGAGAGAAAGAUGAAUUGGAGAAGAAGCAUCAUUCACAUUUAAAAGAUGUGGAAAGUGAGGCUUUAGCAGCUAAGAAACUUGUGGAUUCAUUGAGAAUGGAAGCUGAAGCAGCUCGAAACAGUGAGAACAAACUUCAGACAUCAUUGGUUGAGAAAGGCAUUGAAGUUGAUCAAGCUAAGAGCCGUAUCGAAGAUCUUGAAAAAAUCUACUUGAAACUCAAUAGUGGGGAAAGUGAAGCUUCAACAUCUAAGAAACUAUUGGACUCAAUGAAAAUGGAAUUGGAAGCAUCCAAGAAGAAUGAGAACAAACUCCAGACAUUGUUGGAGGAUAGAUGCAUUGAAAUCAACCGAGCUAAGAAUCGAAUUGAAGAACUUGAAAGAGUCUGCUUGAAGCUAAAAGAUGCGGAAAGGGAGGCUGCAAUAGCUAAAGAACAAGUGAGUUCGAUGAAAAUGGAUGUGGAAACCGUGCGGAGCAAUGAAAACAAACUCCAAAUGUCUUUGCAGGAAAAAAGCAUCGAAAUGGAUAGAGCUAAGGGACUAAUCGAGGAUCUGGAGAGGCAAAAGAUGGAACUUUCUGAAACGUUGGAGAUGAGAGCGAAACAAAACGAAGAGUCGGUUUCUGAAUGGCAGAGAGUCAUCAAUGCGGAGAAGGCAAAAAAAAUGCGGGUGAAUUUGAUGGAGAAAGAAGACUCUUUUAUGGCCUGGGAUGAAGCAACACCGCUGCACCGUGCAAAGCGUUUGAAGGUAGAAACAGCAAUAAACUGGUCAGGUUCAGAUUUCUCGCGAGAGAAGGAAGAAGAUUCGGCUGCACAGGAGAGCAGGAAAGGUAUGACAAUGACCCCGAGAAGAUGCACGAGCACGGAAGCUGGGGUGUCUUCUUCAAAUGGGACGGAUCAUUCGAAAUACACGAUGAAGAAGCUGAGAAGUGAGAUACUGGAACAUGGGUUUGGGGCAGAGUUGGUAGGGUUAAAGAAUCCAAGAAAGAGAGACUUGGUACAGCUCUACGAACGUACGGUUUUGCGAAAGUGAGAUGUAAAAACAUGAAACAAGGUCAAGUUUCUUGUUCUUGGAACAUUUUGUAGAAUUCUUUCUUGCUGCUUCUUUAAUGAAAAUAGUAAAUUCUUCA